AUGCGAACACAAAUACUCUGUAUUUUUAUUAUUAAUGCCAUUCUCCUUGCCAUCACAACACAAACAACUGUCCAUUCACAAAAUCCUCCUGAAAAUCCUUCAUGUACUUCACAAUUUCUUGUGAAUAAUGAAAUUUCAAAAGCUAUGGAAUAUUUACAGUUCAAUAUGUUCAUGAUGAUGACUUCGGAAUUUGAUGAUCAUCAACAGGAUUUUUCAUCGUCACAAGCGAGAAAUGUGAAGAAUUGCAGUUUGGCAAAUCCGUGUGAAAAUUUAACACAAAUUCUCUCAGUACUGAACAAGACACUUGUGGAAGAUAAUUUUAACUUUUAUAAUCGGUCAACUGAGAGGCUGGUAGUUUUGAAUAUUAAUUUAUUGAAUGAUAUUUUGGAUACAACUGAACAUUUUAUUGAAACUCCAAUAAUUUCUGGUUUGAAUUAUAUUUUCAAAUUUAAGAGCGUAUCAGAUUCGGAUAGAAAUUUGAUUCAAUUGAAAUGGAAGGGAUCUUAUGAUCGAUCCUAUGUAUUGACAAGACCAGAUAUUAAGUGGUUUUACUUUGAGAAUGUGACACUUAAUUUAUUUAGAUUGAAUAAUACGGAUGUUGCAAAUCUUGGUUUUUGUAAUUGCUUAAUUGUGGAUACGUGGUUGAAUUUUGUAACGAAUAGAGAUUUUUAUAUUGAAAAGAGUCAAUUGAUUAGAUCAAUUAUUUAUGCAACUACAAAUUUGUGGUUCUAUGACAGAUCAGAAACCAUUAAAUAUGGAGAAUAUUAUGUGACAGGUUUGACAGCUAUUUAUAAUAAUAGUGAAAUUCAUGAAACACGACUCAGAUGGACAGUCAGCAGUGUUACAAAUCUAAUAAUUGAAAAUUCAUUAUUUGAAGAUUUUUUGGUGGAAAUGACCUUCAAACAAGUGACAAAUGUUCUCAUUCGAAACUCCACCUUUAUUCGUGAUUAUUUGGAUUAUAAGGAAGAGUCAGUGAAUGCACUUCAAGGAAAUUCAUUUCGUGUUAUUAAUUGCACCUUUCAACAUGCUUAUUCAUUCCUUUUUGUGAGAUCUUAUAUUUUUGUUUCAAUUGAUAGCUCAAUUGUUUCUAAUAAUCAGCUGAUGAAGGAGAAUUUAAUUAGUGUUUUCUAUGGGAUUAUUGCAAUUCAGAGUUGUAUCACUGUUAUGGUUUCCAAUUCUCAAUUUUCAAACAAUGAAGGUUAUGAAAGAGCUUCUGCACUUUACUUGUCAGAUGUCAAUGUAUUCCAUGUGAGAAAUUGCCAGUUCACUAACAAUUCUGCCUCCAGCAUCUUCUCAAAUAGUUAUCCUAAUAGAAUGUUUGAUAAUGAUAAGUCUUAUUACUGGUAUACUGUUUCCAAUUGCAAAUUCGAAGGAAAUACCUGUAACAAGGAAGGUUGUGGAAUUUACAUUUCUGACUCAAUUGACCUGACAAUUCAAAACAAUAUUUUCCUGAAUAACACAGCUCAAUAUGGUGGAGCAGCUCUCUUUAUCAAAAUUGGAGCCAGAGCUGUAAUUUUAAAUAAUUUAUUUAUUGGAAAUAAGGUACUUUACAAUAAUUUAUUACGACAACCUGCUAGUACUUUCUAUUAUGGAGGCGGAGGAGCUGUUUCUAUAAUUACUACUCAAUUGGGACUUUCAGAAAGCAAACUAUUGGCAAAUACUUUCAUUAAUAACGAAGCUCUCUAUGGUGGUUCAUUAUUUUUUGUUAGGGAAUCUUUGGUGGAAAUUUCCAAUUCAACAUUUAUUGGAAAUAAGGCAAAGAGAGGAGGAGCCAUGUUUUACUAUUCACCAAGUGUAGAACAAACUGAAAUAUUUGAUAAUGUGUUUAAGGAAAAUGUUGCAGAAAUUGGAAAUGAUUUAUUGACAAGUGUCGUUGCUUUGGAUUGGGAUAAUAGUACUGUACAUCAUGUCAAACCGGGUGAUGCUAUUUCAUUGGAUGUAAAGACAUUCGAAUUGGGUGGAUUACUUAUUCCAACAAAUACUGAAAAUUUCACAGUCUUUACUGAUAACCCAAGUGUUUAUUUGGAUUUUUUACAGAACGAAACCUCAUUUACAAUAUCCAUGUAUUUAAUGGGUGAUGUUACACCAAAUUCCUAUGGAAAUUUCACACUAUUCCUUGAUAGCAAUCCAGCAAUUACCUUUUUUCAUUAUUCCAUCAAUUCAUGUGGGGAAGGAAAUGAAUUGAGAGUAAUUGGUAAGAAUCAGAUGGCCGUUUUGAAAUGUGUGCCAUCUCCUGCUAGCCUACUACCUCUAAUUCUAUCAGUUUCCAUUCCAGUUGGUGUUUUUAUUGCCAUAGUGAGUGUUUUUAUUGGAAUAAUUUUGGGCAUGGUUGGAAUUCCAAAAAUUAAUAAUAUAAAACGACGAUUGAAUCUAUUGCAGGAAAAGGAGAGUGCCGAGCAGAGUGUUGAGCAGAAGAUUAUUGAUAAGAAGGUGGUAUUCAAUAUGAACGAUGAAGGUGACUUUAAGGAGCCAUUACUGAAAAACUAUGAACUGGAAGAUCCAAUAUUUCGUUUUAUCAUUUCUCCAAAGGAUAUUGACAUUGUAAAGAAGGUAGCAGAAGGAGGAAAUGGAGUGGUUUACAAGGGAACGUGGAAAGGAAUUGAAGUUGCCAUUAAGACUAUUAAGGCAAAGAAUGAAAGUAGAGACGAUUUUGAGAAUGAAAUUUCACUUCUCGCCUCUAUUAGAAAUCCACAUAUUUUGAAUUUUUAUGGAGUUUGUGUGACGGAGAAUGAAACAUUUAUGAUUACAGAGUUUUUGGAGAAUGGAAGUUUGGAGGGGAUUAUUUAUUUGAGUAGGAUUGGUCAAUUCAAACUCUCAUUCCAUGAAAAAUUGAGAAUUUUAUAUGAAGUAGCUAUUGGAAUGGAUUAUUUACAUUCGUUAACACCAAAAAUUGUUCACAGAGAUUUGAAACCUGGGAAUAUUCUAUUGGAUAAGGAUAUGCAUUGCAAAGUAUGUGAUUUUGGUCUUUCCAGAACUGUAAAUCAAAAUACCAAUCACUCAAUUACAAGAAAUGUUGGUACAUUAUUCUACCUUAGCCCAGAAAUGUUUGAAAUUGAUCAAACCAAAGUUGAUCCUCACAAUGUUUCUAAAAUAGAUACCUAUAGUUUUGGAAUAAUCAUGUGGGAACUUUUCUUUGAGCUAGCUCCAUUCACUGAAAAUAGGAAAACUGUUCGAAUGUUACAUGAAGAUGAGAAUUCUAACAAUUUGAACACAAUUAACAUGUUACAUUUGGUAUCAAAGGGAAAGAGACCUUCCAUUCCAUUCGAAUCUAUAGAGGAAGUUAGAGAAUGGUUACUUAUUUAUGAGGAGGAUAAGAAAUUCAAAGGAGCUAAUAUUGUUUUGGAAUAUUUUGAAUUGACUAAACAGUGUUGGAGUGAACAGCCAAGUACUAGACCAGAAUUUAAUGUGAUUGUCAAAAAACUUUACAAUUUCAUGGAAAGAAUCAAGCAGUAA